CUCCACAUUCCCCCUCAGCAGGAUUUGUCCUUCCCAAAACUUGGCCAGAUGAAGGAGGCUGCGAGGAAGAGGAAGAUGCUUUGGGCCCUCCAGGCAGGCCCCGAGAUGAGGACGGAGAGCCCGGAGGACAAAUCCCCCCGUGAGACCCUGGUGGGAGAGGCCGUUUUGAAGGGCUCCAUGGCACAGGAAGGCAGCGGGGAGGAAAAGGGCCGGAGAUCCCCCCGCAGGAGGGGCUCCAAAGCCAUCCCAGGGUGCUCUGAGGAGGAAAGGCCCAGCUUGUGUAGGGAAGGCAGCCAGAGCUUGAGUGGGAGCUCUGACCUGGUGGUCCCUGAGCAGCCUCCCAACAGGGAGAAGCCCUUCAAGUGUUUGGAAUGUGGGAAGAGCUUCAGGAACAGCUCCACCCUGAUCCGACACCAGCACAUCCACACUGGGGAGAGGCCCUAUACAUGUAGGGAAUGUGGGAAGAGCUUCAGUGACAGCUCCAACCUGAUCCAACACCAGCACAUCCACACUGGGGAACGACCCUACAGGUGUGGGGAAUGUGGGAAGACUUUCAGGAACAGCUCCCACCUCCUCACCCACCAACACAUCCACACUGGGGAACGACCCUACUCAUGUGAGGAAUGUGGGAAGAGCUUUAGGGAGAAUGCCAAACUCCUCACCCACCAGCGCAUCCACACUGGGGAACGGCCCUACUCAUGUGGGAAAUGUGGGAAGAGCUUCAGGAACAGUUCCAAGCUCCGCACCCACCAGCGCAUCCACACCAUGGAGAUGCCCUACAAUUGUAGAGAAUGCGGGAAGAGCUUCAGUGACAGCUCCAACCUCCUUAGUCACCAGCGCAUCCACACUGGAGAACGGCCCUACAAGUGCAUGGAAUGUGGGAAGAGGUUUAGGACCACCUCACAUCUCCUCACGCAUGAGCGGACACACACGGAUGAGAGGCCCUUCCGCUGCACUGACUGCGGGAAGGGCUUCAAGUACAACUUCCACCUUAUCACCCACCGACGCACCCACACUGGGGAGAGGCCCUACAAGUGUGGGGAGUGUGGGAAGACUUUCCCCCACAGCUCUACCUUGACCAAACACCAACGGACCCACCAGUAAGAGAAGCCCUACCAGUGCUCCGACUGCGGGAAGAGCUUCAGCCGCUGCUUCCACCCCAAAUGAACCCCCUAAUGGUGAGGCAACCCCUGGAGUCCAGUGACUGUCAGUCCAUCCCUUUCGACCACAA